AUGUUCAAGAGCAUUACUAACCGUGUGAAGAUGUCUCAACUUUGUCACUCAAGUAUUACAGCCUCAAGGAUUAAUUUAAUGGAUUUGGGGAACCAUUAUUCUUAUCCACUGACACCGUCUGGAUCAGUUGAGAGCAUCAAUGUCAGCACUAGGAAAACAAUCAAACAGGCAAUUUUUGAGAAAAUAACUACUAUUACAAAAGCAGGACCGCAGUUGGAGCCCUCACCCUUUUAUGUUUGUGAUCUUGGUGAACUGAAGAGACAACUGGGAUUAUGGAAUCAAGUUCUACCGUUCGUUAAACCAUAUUAUGCAGUGAAAUGCAACCCUAAUGCAAAAUUUGUUGAAACUUUAAUCAAGUUUGGGAAUGUUGGAUUUGAUUGUGCAUCACUAGAUGAGAUUCGGACUGUUUGUCACAUUUAUGAAUCACUCGGAUACAGUACAGCUGAUUUUAAAGAUAAUGUAAUUUACGCCAAUCCUGUUAAACCAGUUUCUCACCUACUUUAUGCGAAUAAUAAGAAUAUUAAUCUAACCACUGUAGACUCAAUUGAGGAAGUUGAGAAAAUUGCAAAGUUUACAAACGGUAGAAUGAAUGUUUUGAUAAGAAUUACUACCGAUGAUUCUACCGCUACAUGUCCCCUAAGUGUCAAAUUUGGAGCUGAUCUAAGGUAUUCUUGUCAAAUUGUACAAAGAUGUCUAGAUCUGGGAAUUCGGAUCAGGGGUAUAGCUUUCCACUGUGGGUCUGGGUUUAAAGAUCCUUCAACGCUCAUCAAAGCAGUUUCUGAUUCUAGGAAAUUGUGGGAUCACAUUAACACUAGACAGUACGAAGAUUGUGACGUUUUAGAUGUUGGUGGUGGGUUUUCAAAAGAUUCUUUUCUUGAACCAGCAGUGGUUUUGAGAAAUGAACUGUUGGAGAAAUUUGGCAAUAGAAUUAAUGAUGGUAGCAUAAAAGUUAUUUCAGAACUUGGAAGAUUUCUAACAGCGAGCGUGUACACCUUAACUACCAAUGUGAUUGGCGUUCGAAAUGAGCUUGAUUCUAAUAAAGUUAGAGUUUAUUUGAACGACGGCUUGUAUGGGAACUUGAAUUGCAUCUUAUAUGAUCAUCAGGAGGUUGAACCUGUUGUGACUACUUCGGCAGGGAAUUUUGUUUACCACGAUGCAGAAGAAAGAGAGCCCAAUAAAAGGCAAUACUCAUUGUGGGGCCCCACAUGCGAUGGCUUAGAUUGUGUCGUUAAGAAGACGCAACUCUCUCACCAUGUCCAAUGUGGUGAUUGGAUAUCUUUUGAAAACUGCGGGGCCUACACAAACGCAGCUGCCACAACAUUCAACGGGUUUACAAACGAAUUUGAAUGUAUUUACGUUGAUUCUGAGAUAUGA